AUGACAAAGCAAAAGCAAAAAGCAUCACUAAAAUGGACUGAAACAUUUCUCGGUGAACCAAAGGUGACAAAUCAACAGAUAGAGCUCAAUAUUUCUACAAAAUCGCUGACUAUUAUUCAUUCUGAUUCGAGAGAGCCUGAAAAGGUAAAUCGACUGAUUGCUCGGCACAGCAUUGAGCUGGUCUCCUUCGCAGCACAGGGAUCAGAUGAAACGAACACUGCUGACAUGUUUGGAUAUAUAGCAAAACUUCGUAAUGAAACCGAUAGGCGUUGUCAUGUGUUCCGGUUUGAAGACGUACCAAGAAUAAUGCAUAUCAUCGAUGAUGCUAUCCGCUUGGCUACACUAGACAUGUCGCCACCAAUGGCGCCGCCCAUUCAACCAACUUCUGGCUUAGUCAAUAUUGACCCGACAUUCGUCCAAGAGCCUAAGCGACAACCUCUGGCGCCAUCGCCUCGGACAGUCAGGAAUCAAAUACCGGAUCGGCCUUCUCCAGAACCUGGCGGAUCGGGUUUGAGAGAAGAUCCAAACGGGCUUCUUGGUCUGGAUUUACGUGAUAAGCCGUGGUUCCAUGGUGAACUCAAUCGUGCUGGUGCUGAGUACCUUUUACACAAGGAUGGGGACUUUUUAGUCCGGUAG